AUGAGUUUAUCAAGCGCUGCUGUUCGCAGAGCUAUGCAAGUUAUGGACAGGACAGGACAGGAGAUUCCCGUGAAUGAAAUUGAGUCUGCGCUCCACGAUAUCCUACAAGAAAAGUCGAAUCCUGUCCAAAUUGGUGCCUUUCUUACAGCCAUGCGUUUAACAAGAGUUGAACAGCGCCCCGAGGUUUUAAUGUCGACAGUCAAUGUUAUUCGGUCGUAUUCGAUUCCGGUUGAAGGUAUAUCUUCCAUACAACCGAAAUUCAUUGAUAUAGUUGGCACAGGAGGCGAUGGUCAUAAUACCUUUAAUGUCAGCACUGCUUCCGCUAUUAUCGCUGCUGGUGCAGGAGCACACGUUUGCAAGCAUGGAAACAAGGCCUCUACUUCGUCCAGUGGAUCUGCUGAUCUGCUAAUGUCGUUUGGUUGUGAUUUACUGAAUGUCACUGCGAAAAAUCUGAUUGCCAUCACAGAUGAAUCGAAAUUCUCGUUUUUAUUUGCUCCUCAAUGUCAUCCGAGACUGAAGGUGGUUGCCCCGGUCCGUAAAGAAAUUGGUGUUCCUUCCAUAUUCAACCUAGUCGGUCCUUUGCUCAAUCCCGUGCCAACUUAUGCUCGUAUUAUCGGUGUGAGUCACCCGAGUCUUGUACCAACAUUUGCUCGAGCUCUUUUGCUUCUCGGUGCUGAUCGUUCUUUCGUAGUAUGUGGUGAGGAAGGUUUGGAUGAAAUUUCUCCUGCUGGUCCUACUCAUGCCUGGUUGGUUAAGGAUGGUCAAAUUACUCAAAUGAUUUUAACUCCUGAGUCAUUCCAUCUUCCUCGUCAUCCUUUAUCUAGUGUUGCUAGCGGAACCCCAUCUGCUAAUGCUGUGCUUCUUGAAAAGAUGUUAUCCAAUAUGCUCCCUAAAAACCAUCCUGUCUUGGAUUAUGUCUUGAUAAAUACAGCUAUGCUAUUACAUGUUGCCGGACUAGCAGAAUCUUUGCAUGAUGGUGUAUUACUUGCUCAAGAAAGCAUUGCUUCACAUGCUGCUCUGCGUGAGCUUGAGAGAUUCGCAUCAGCCACUCAAAACUUUGAAUAA